AUGGAGCUUAUGGCCAAUCUGGAUACUUCUCGCAUUAGUCAAGGCUUAACUCCGGAUAACCUUGAAUAUCUAGAAAAAGUAUAUCAAGAUACAGUUGGAGACAAACAAGAAAUAGACCUGAACCAUUUCAAGAAAAUCGUCCAGUCAAAGAACAUGUUUUUCGUUGAACGAAUAUUUCAUGUCUUCGACGCUGACAACUCCGGAAGUGUGUCGCGUGAAGAAUUCAUGCGAGUCAUGCGAUGUUUCGCCGAGCAAAGCCCAAGUGAAAAAUUGCGCAUUCUCUUCGAUGUCUACGAUUUGAAUAAUGAUGGAACCAUUCAGUUCAGUGAACUGCGAAAUGUGAUUAGCGAGUGCAUGAAAGAAAAUGGCCUUAAAUUCGAAGAAUGCGAGAUAGAUGAGCUUACAAAAAUGCUGUUUGAAGAUGCUGAUACUGAUGGUAGCGGCACCAUAACCUUCAACGAGUUCAAAAAUCAACUGGAACGGCAUCCUGCUUUUAUGCAAAACCUCACUUUAAGCAUUGAGCGGUGGCUUAUUCCACCAAUGAAACCUCCAAGAUAUUCAGAAUUUGUGAAAUUUUUAACUCAUCGAAAUCUCAUAUGGCAACGGAUACGAAACAACUGGACCAGCGUCAUGUAUUUGUUUGUCUACUUCAUCAUCAACCUCACCCUGUUCAUAUCUAGAGCUUACGAGUAUCGCCAGAGCAACGGCUAUGUCAUAUGUGCUCGAGCAUGCGGACAGUGCUUGAAUUUCAAUUGUGCUUUCGUAGUGGUUUUAGUUCUUCGCCAGACAUUAACUUGGUUGCGAACGCAUGGAUUUUCGCAAUACUUCCCCAUAGAUCAGCAUUUGUAUUAUCACAAACUAACUGGAUACGUCAUAGUCUUCUACAGCUAUUUGCAUACAUUUAUGCACUUAGGAAAUUUUGCAAUAUUAUCCCAAGAAAAAAACUCAAUGUCUGAAUAUCUAUUUACAACAAAUAUGGGAAUCGGCUGGGUCGGCGGCUCAGCAUGCAUCACAGGAUGGAUACUCCUUGCUGUUCUAACAGUAAUGGCGAUAUCGGCGAUGCCUUUCGUACGUAGAAGCGGAAAAUUCGAAGUAUUUUACUGUUUGCACAUGCUGUCAUUUUUGUUCUGGAUUUGCCUGGUGUUGCACGGUCCAAGUUUCUGGAAGUGGUUUUUAGCUCCCGCUGUUCUCUUUCUUGUCGAAAUCGCUGUGAGAAUCAACAGAAAUUUAUCAAGCAGUAAAAAAGCUUACGUGCAACAAGGUGUUCUUCUACCUUCUAAAGUAACUCAUCUAGUCAUCAAGAGACCACCGAAGUUUGACUACAGACCAGGGGAUUAUGUGUACAUAAACAUACCAGCAAUAGCAAAGUAUGAGUGGCAUCCUUUCACAGUAAGCAGCGCCCCUGAGUUGGAUGAUGUUAUCUGGCUUCACAUCCGAGGAGUAGGCGAAUGGACAAACAGUCUAUACAGUUUCUUUGAACGUGAAGACAAAGAAGCGAUUUUAAGCGAUGAAUUAGUCGAUACUAUCAAUCUUAAUCGAAGUAUUAAGAGCAGCAAAGAAGACGAUUCAUCUGUUGCAGUCGAGUGUUCUGUUGACGCGGGAUUUCUUAAGCCUAGUUCUGCAGGAAAUCUACGUCAUUCUAGUAGAAGUUGUCCAGAUACAACAUUUUCAUAUUGUUCGCCAUGUUAUGUAACUGAAGAACAACGGAUCGUAAACGGGGAUAACUCAAUGUCCAAUCUGUUCGACACUUCAAAGGAGACUAUAGUUCCAGUAGAUAAACUCGAUAACGUAACGAUGACCCCCAAUGUCAGUCAAGGAAGUUCGUUAAGUUCCCGAUCGUCAUCUGCUCGUUUUCCUCAUCGUAGAACUUCGUUUAGUUCGACAUCAACGAGCAGAGCUAUCAUGUUGAAAAACAAAAGUGAUAUAAAAGCUAUUUUUGCGGAACAGAAUAAUAAAACUUCAGUGUUUCUGGAAGUUCCGUUUUCUACUCAUGGGAGAACAUCUCCUUCAAAGUUUCCAAAAGAGAAAAGAAAAUCUGUAAGAGUGUCUGUUGCGAAAAAAGGUUUGCGUCGAUGUCAAACGGUCAUUGUCAUGCCCGCAGUCAUUGAGGACGACGAAGAUGAAGAAACAAAAAACGAUUUAGAAAAUGAGAAUUUGAAAACGGAAGAAGAGGUGAAGGAUUUAAAGAGGGAAGUGGAAGUAGAAAAUGUUGUACUGACGCAGAAAACUUUGAAAAUCUUUAUAGAUGGACCGUAUGGUUCGCCUACGCGCCACAUCUUCCAAGCUCGCCAUGCUGUACUUAUAGCUACUGGGAUUGGCGUAACACCUUUUGCUAGUAUACUUCAAAGCAUUAUGUAUCAGUAUAGAAAAUCCAGACACACCUGCCCUAAGUGUAAUCAUAAAUGGUCUGAUCCUAUGCCCGUAUCCAGUGUUCAUCUUAAAAAGGUGGAUUUCUUCUGGCUCAACAGACACCAAAAAUCUUUCGAAUGGUUCGUAAAUUUGCUCAGUGAGCUGGAAGUUGAGCAAGCACAACUACGAGAAAAGGAUCGAUUCCUGGAUAUUCACAUGUAUAUUACCUCUGCAUUAAAUAGUUCGGAUAUGAAAGCCGUCGGAUUACAGAUGGCUCUAGACCUCUUGUACCAGAAAGAAAAGCGUUGUCUAAUCACGGGUCUAAAGAGUCGGACGCAACCUGGUCGUCCGAAUUGGAAUGAGGUGUUUCAAACAAUAGCUCAACAACGCAAAGGGAAGGUCACUGUGUUCUUUUGUGGUCCGGACCAGUUAGCAAAGACGCUACAGACAAAAUGUGAUGAGUUCAAAUUUAGAUUUAGGAAAGAAAUAUUUUAAAUUUUUUAUAAUGCAUUUGAAUUUUAGAGUUGUCAUAUUUA